UUAACCUUGAAAAUGGUUCCUUUAAUUAUUAAUCGCAAUUACUGUGAUAACUAUUCGAUGUAUUCAUAUUUUGAUUUUUCGUUAUUCGAUACCAAAUUACUCCAUUAUAAUUGCAGAUAUUCGAUUAUUUGAAUUAAUCGAACGAUUAACCGACGUCUCUAGUUGUUUGGUCUCGUUUCAGGCUUUCAGCUGCAAACCUGUAUCGGAACUAAAUAAAAACGAUAAUAACGAAUUCGCUAUAAAUUUGACAAAAUUUUCUUCACAAUUAAUGGCUUUAAGGAUUCUAGUCUGAGCCAUAGAAGAAAAUAGGUGCAAUAACAAAAUUACGCUGCAAGCUAUUCUCUGUGUAGUGAAAAAAAGGAAACAUCAACUGACCAAAUAAUGUUGAUUUGUCGAGCGUGUGGUGGAAGCUUAUCGGAUCCGAAUGUAUACCAAAAUCUUGAGGAGUUCGUCACUAUAUAUUUGAACCUUACCGGCAUAGAGCUGGGUGAUCAAGAGGAUCCUACCAAACUUAAAGUUUGUAAAGAAUGCGUGGAAAAGCUAGUGGAAUAUGAUCGCUUCCGAACAAUUUGUCUUCAGGUUCAUUGGGGUUUGCAAACUGUUAAAAUUGAAUUGAAACAGGAAUUUUAUCCGGAAACAGUUUUGUUAGAUUUGGAAUGCAAACCAUUGAGUUUUGAAAAAGGAAGUGAGAAGGAUGAAUUCAGCGACGACGAUGGAGAGAAAACUUCUGCAGGCAGUGAUUCUAAUGAUGACAUUGAGAAUGAAGGCUUGAAAUUGGCCGCUGAGAAAGAUGACAAUGAAGUUGUUCAAUUAAUUCAGGAAGACCCUGAAAGCACUCAAAGCUUGGAUCAGCAAGACAUCAAAUCGGAAAGUGAGUUGAAGAAAAACACUGACAUUUCACAGGGGCAAAAGAAAAAGCGGGCGAAAUGGGGAAGUUUGAAAAAGCGUGAGAUUAAGGAACCAACGAAAGUAUAUAGUUGCGAUCGUUGUCCCAGGAAGUUUAAAGUUCUUUCCAGGUUUACUGGUCACAAACGCAAACAUGAUGGACUCAAGCCGUUCGAUUGCAAAAUCUGCGGUAAAGACUUCGAGAAUUGGAACAAUCUGAAAACGCAUCAUAUCCAAAAACAUACGGAGAACAAAAUAUCAUUACCCUGUGACCAUCCAGGCUGUGACCAAGUGUUCGCAACUAGACAGGGGCUCAAAAGACACCGAUUAAGAACCCAUGAUCCGAAUUACGUGAUACCGGAACAAACGCGCUUUGUUUGUGACACAUGUGGUAAAACUUUCUCAACUAACGGGAUACUCAAGAAGCAUAAGUAUUCUCACGCACCGGAUGAGACACCAUUCGUUUGCACGAUUUGCUCGAAAAAAUUUUGUACCUCGGACAAAUUGAGGAUACACACAAUGCGACAUGAAGGUGUAAAGAACCAUAAAUGCCCAUUUUGUGGUAUGCGGAAAACCACAAUGUAUGAGGUGAAGAAACACAUCAACAAUGUGCAUACGAAAGAUCGUGUUACGCGCACAUAUCCGUGUGACAUUUGUCCGUCAGUUUUCAGCAAUAGCGGUAACCUAAAUCGUCAUGUAAACAUUGUUCACUUGGAGAUGAAACCUUUUGUUUGUACAGUUUGUGAACGAGCCUUUGGCAAAAGCGAUCACCUGAAGCGACACAUGAAAACCCACAACAGAUCGAGCACCACUCUAUCUUCAACUGUAUCAGAUUCAGAACAAUUUUCUAGUAUUCUGUUUUAAAUUAAAUUAUCGAGGAUUAAUUAUAA